GCGUGCGAAAAAGCGAUGGCGCGUUGUGAAGUCAGACGAUUUUUGAGCACGUGCUGAUCGGAUGGGAAGAAUGGUGCGUGCGGCCGCGUCGCACGUUGUUGGUGUUGCUGCUGCUACUGCUGCUGCUGCUGCACGGUGUCGUGCCAUGAGUGGAGAUGGAGUUCACAAUCUGCAUCCAGAUUCCGCCGCGGUGGCGACGAGCGCCGGGGUUAGCGGGCCCCUGCCCGAUGUGGUGGCAUGCUGUUGCCUUCCUCCUUUCCCCACGACCAACCCUCCCGCGGCAGUGGCCGAAGCUAAACUGGUGGGAAGGAGACUGCGCAUCCUCGCCGACUCCAUGGCACAACGCACGGCACAACAACGGCGGCAUCAGAACACGCAGAAACACAGAACGCCGGGCAACGAUAUCGUGCACGACUGCUUCGUGGACUUCGUGACAAUGUUUGUGUGGUCAGUGUUGACGUGGUGGAGAAGUUCCCCGUAGAACUUCAAAAUACACAGAGACUCACGGUGAACAAGUUAUGGUUACGUACAAAACGGAGCAGAGUCAAGGCAGCGACACCAAAGGCCACCAAAGCAGCUGCACGCAGGCUGUCCUAUCGCACAUGUGAGGAAGACUGCAGCGGCACGAACACCGGUUACAAAGACUGCCCAAACAAUGACUGCUCACUGUACAUAGUGCUCAAAGUGCCGUACAUGUGUGGAUAUUUUAUUUUCUUAUUCCAGCAUAUUCAACUAGUCAUACGAGACAAUUUAAUGUGAAACAUAAGAUUUUGUAUAAACAGAUUUUUCAUACAUUGCUGUACAGUUCGGUCAAAUGUAGCAAUAAAUUAUGCAACAUGUACA